AUGACAAAGGAUUACGGGUUGAUCUUGUACAAGUACAUGCAGAAUGGUAGUCUCAAUAAUACUCUGCAUGAGAUUAGUCCGCCUCCAGUUCUCCCAUGGGAUGUUCGUUAUAAUGUAGCUCUAGGUACUGCUGAAGGUUUAACGUAUCUUCACCAGGACUGCUAUCCUGCUAUUGUGCAUCGAGAUAUUAAGCCUAAUAACAUACUUCUGGACUCGGAUAUGGAAGCCCAUAUCUCUGAUUUCGGCAUUGCAAAACUCAUGGAUCAAUCUUCUGCUUCCAUUCAAUCAAUCUCGAUUGCGGGUACCACUGGAUACAUUGCACCAGAAAAUGCAUUCUCAACGAUAAUGAAACCAGAAUCAGAUGUUUACAGUUACGGAGUAGUUCUACUUGAAUUGUUAACUAGAAAGAAGGCUGUAGACACUUCAUUUCCUGAAGGAACUGACAUAGUGAGGUGGGUGAACUCUACAUGGAUCAACGACCAAUCUAUUGAAAACAUCCUGGAUUCAAGCAUCUUGGAUAAAAUCAGGGGUUCUAGGUCACUAACAGAAGAAGUGACAAAAGUACUCUUGCUGGCUUUACAAUUUUCUAGCAAUUUAGACAUAAGUCCUGAUAAACCAGUGCGUAAACCAAUGUCAGUUGCAAGGCAUCUCAGGUUGAAUGCAACUUUUGGGGAUCAGAACCGGCCGUAUGCAAACGUUGUUGUGGAAAACAAUCCUCAACUCCAGCUCCUAAACCCAUAA